AUGGUGCGAUACCUAUUUCCAAAUCUGCCUUACCUCAAUGAAUUCGAGAGGAUUACCCUCGAAAUCACCGCCCUUGACACCGACCGUUUCACUUCUCAUGACCUCAUCGCCAAAUUCGAUAGUUAUCAGAUCAAUAUCCCAACACCGAAUACGUCAAUGGAUGCUGGUCUCGUAAACGUGGAUUCCACUGAACACAACGGACAAGUAAAUAUAACGGCGAUUUUGACCCUUGAAUGCAGCAAAGGUUAUUAUGGGGAAUCGUGCUCUAUCGAAUGCUUUCCUGAGAAAUAUCCCAGCAUGUUAGGCUGCCACGACAAUGGCACAAGUAUUUGCCUUCCAGGUGCGCAAUGCUAUGCUGGCUACAAUCCCUGCGUCCCCUCUCCCUGCCAAAAUCAAGGACAAUGUGUUCGCACUGGUGAAAAUCAUGAUACCUUUACGUGCAACUGUCCACUUCAAUGGACCGGCAGGCUCUGUGAUGAACGGAGAUCUCCUUGUGAAGUGGCAAGUCAGAAAUUGGCCAGUGCUGACCUGAAAGACCUCUUUGGAUUACACAAGAAUAGUAACACAUCGGACAUCGGAGCAGACACCAUAAAAAAGCCGAUUAACGUUUGCAAAAAUGGCGGCAUUUGUGUGGACUUGAUGGAGGAAUUCAAAUUUGUUUGCAACUGUACCAGUGGAUGGAAGGGCGAACUGUGUACAAUUCCCGACUGGACAAAUGUGAUCGCCCUUGGAUCGGUGGCGUGCGGACUGCUGAUGAUUCUCCUCUGUGCUGUCAUCCCGUGCUGUUUGCGAAUUAGAGCACGCAAAAAGAGAAAAUCUCAACCUACUGUUGAGCCUCUCGUCUACCGCCAUGGCAGUGCAAAGUACCCAGCAAUGGAGAGUAUCCCCUUUCACAAUAUAUUCUACAACUCUAUACUCGGGAACAGCUCAGUGGACACUCAUGCUGCUGACAAUACUCAACAAUAUUAUGAAUACUGCACUGUUACUACUCCAUCAAACAAGGAAGAAAGCACAUUCUUCUCCACCAGCGGCGAAUACGAAAUUUCCAAUGAGGAGAGGCCACCACCAGAGCUUCCGGAUCGCCCACAGAGUCUGGCUCCCCUGCCAAAACCUUCGCAGGCUCAAGAACCGUUAGCGGAAAUCCCUCUACCUCAGGUCCACGAUUCUGUUUCACUGGCACCGUUUGAAUCAGCCUGCAGCUACCAACCUCUCCUGACCCCUCGAAACUCGACAUUUAUGCCUUCGCCAUCGGAAGAAUAUGCCAAAUCAAAAUCGGAUGCGCUUCCAACACGAGCUAUCGGGAGCGGGGAGAGUACUCUCACUAAAUGGCUGUAUGCGUCAAAAAAGUGA